UGAACCAACGAGCAUAAAAAGUUUAAAUAUAACUGAAGAUUAUGCUAAUAACGAAUAUGAAGACAUAGCUUGGUUUAGUUUAACGGAUAUAGAGAACUUAAUAGCUAACUGUUUUGAAAGUGAAGAACAUGAUCAUGCAUGUUUUUCAGAAACUUUGAAGUUUAAUGAAGAUUUUGUCAAUAUGCAUAACAAAAAUCAAGAGAGUAACAAAGAAGUUACUUAUCAUAAUAUAGCCGAAUCUCUUCCUUUUUCAUUUGAAAGCAUAAGAGAUAAUAUAGAAUUAAACAUUUAUAAACAAAAUGAAUUGGUUGAAUUUAGAAAAGCAGAGCUAGAGGAAGAUAAAAAAGAGGCUUUAAGAGCUAGAAGGCAACAAAAAACCUGGGAUCCUCCUCGUGGAUCAAAACUUCUAGUUGCAAUAAGUAGUUAUUAUAUUCCAAAAGUUGUACCCGCUUUUAGUUAUACCUGCUUCUUAGUUAUACCCUUAUGA